AUGCAAAGCACCGUCACCGCCCUCACGCCAACGUGCCAGCUGUACUCGUUGUCGGUGCACGAGUUUAAGUCCAUAGCCGACUUGUCACCUGCGAUUUCGGUAAAUUUGGCGUAUGAGUUUGCGAUGGAUAUCGCAGCCGACUCGUUCUUGAGUCUCUCACCUGAACAACGGUCGGUGGUAUCCCAAGCAAUAGCUCGAUAUGCUGUUGUCGAGAACAAUAUGGACACGUCAGCUGAUACAAUGUCACCAGAUUCGACCAAGUCCAGUGUCAUCCAAGAAGCUGAACAUGUUUAGGCCAAAUCCAAUGAAUCCUGCAGUACUGUAGUACCGUGAUG